CAACAGCCACUGAUGCCCUCAAUAUCCAAGAGACUCUGGGCAGACUACUACCCACUGGUGCAGAGAAGAAUCCUGUAAAAGGACUUGUCAACACCCUUGACCUCCCAAAUCUCCCCCAGCCUCUGAAUGAUAUCGUUAACCAAGCCGGCAAGCUCACAGAAUCCACCGAGGGUGUGCUGAACAGUCUAGUGCCAGUAGGUGUUAGUGAUGCAGUCACAGGCCUGCUGAGAAAUGCUGACCUAGCAGAACUCUUACUGGGAUUAAAUGUUCAAGAAGUGACUGUGGAGAGUAUGACAUCAACCAUGACAGGUGAUGGGAUCCUCGUCUCUACCACAACUACCGCCUUCAUAGGUGGAAAAGGCCUAGCAGGACCUGUAGUCAGCCUACUGGGAUAUCAAGUACACAGCGAUGUAACUCUGAAAAUUGGCAUUUCCACAAACAAUACCCAAUGCAUCAACCUCCAAGUCCAGGACAAGGACAUCAAGUUCAAGAAAGUGACCCUUCAAGUAGUGGAAACGGUCACAAAUACUUUGCCAGUGCCUCUGCCUUUGGACCAAAUCGUUUCUCAAGUGUUGACAGUAGCUAUGAAAGAGAAGCUUCAAGAAGUAGAAUCGUGUGACAUUGAUCUCAGUGAUUUCAGCAAAUGCAAGAACUCUACUGACUUGUUCAAGUACAAUGUUAAAAGUUCCAGGACUUCUGCACAAGGUCUUUCAGUCUUCUACUGUGCUAAAGCCUUCUUUAACAAAUAUAUAGUCCCUGUACCUGGAAGUCCCCUUCCACCAGAUCCUAGAAAUGCCAACAUUUCCCUAACUCUGUCCCAUAAAUUACUCACCGUUAUCAUCACACUGAGUGUCAAGCAGAGUUCCACCAAGAUGAAUAACCUGGCUGCAAGCAUCACCAAAAUAGCCUACUCCUUCAAGUCAGGCAACCAACUCCAAGUCACCUUGUGGAUUACCGUGGAAAAGGAUGGUGAGAAUUUUACUACCGUGGAAAGGACCUCAAUCAUCUCCCAUGACAGCAAGAUUUCAAAAGACAAAUUGAUACCAGACUUCAAGAUUAUGAGCUCUGAAGACAAGGUGACACCCUCUGAGGCUGAAGCAGAAGUGCAAGAUAUAUUGCUUGAGGUUCUGAAGAAAUUUUUGUCUGCCCUUAAUGAACUGACAAGUGCAUGGAAUGUUCCUCCAGGACUAACCUCAAAUCCUCUAACCAAUGCCAAGGUUAAAGUACUUAAAUUGAACGAUCUUCAGGCAGCAAACUAACCCAGCACUUGAUGCCAGAGAAUUUUCCAGAAUGAAAGCAUUCUAAAACUUCUCUAAGAAAUAUUGAGCCAAGGACAUCCUUAUUUAUCAUUAAGGAGCCACGUAGAAUAGUGUUCUGAACAUGUCAACUAUUCUUUGGAAUCUCACCAACAAUACCUUGAAUUAACAAGCGCAAGAAAAGCAAGAAUCCAGGGAUUUUUGGUAUUCUGUAAUCACUUCUUUAAUAAUUAACCUGUUUUCGUGCAAAAAAAAAUGACUUGUCUUCAAUUCAUACAAAUAGGAAUUUCGUCUUAUGCUUAGAAUUAGUAAAAGAACUACUUACCAGGAACAUAAAAGUUAACGGUAUGAAUGAUGAGGCAACAAAACGCAGACUUCAUUUAUCUAGUGCACUAAGGGACAAUCCUGACAAUGACUUUUCUUCCUGUAUCUCUGCCCUCCCCUCUCCAACUCCAAAUGCUUUUUUUGCCUAAUGGCCCAACAUGAAAAUUACACAGGGGCUAGAAUCCAACUUCCCCCAUCAUCACAUGCUAAACAGUGAGAGGCACAGUCCAAAUGCUAAAAGUUGGAUGGCAAAGAGCAGGUAAGAGCCUGGCAAUACCACGAACAGGGCAGCAAAUGAUCUAGAUCCCAGCUCGGUAACUAUAGACCAUGCCAAGUGGCUGUGAGAGGAAAGCUAAGCCAAGCUCCUUUUAAGGAGACCAGUAAGUACAAAGAAUGCCAGAAAAGUAAAGAAGAAGGAUACUGAGAAACAUCACUGUGAUCUCUACACCAGGCAAAGACUAUGGCUUGUGCUCAGUGUCUGUUCUGGAACCAAAAGAACUCAGAUUGUGGACACAAAGACAGAUAGGGGAAGCAGGGCCAGAUUCAGGACUCACCUCACAGCAAGGAGCAGCACCCCAUAAAAUAAAGGCCAAAUCACAUUAUUACCUUCAGCCUUUUGCCCAAACCUUAGGUCUUGAUUUCUCCCCAGGCCAUACUUCCCACAGUCA